AUGUCUGAAAUCAAGCCAAAACAGCCCAAGCUAACUCUCUUCGGAGUGAUUAAAGAGAUCUUCAAUUGGUAUCCGGCAGAAUAUCCUUCUCAUGAGAGAAAGCUAUUGUUCAAGUUAGAUGUAUCGAUUUUAGUAUUUGCGUGUCUCUGCUUCUUCGUCAAGUAUUUAGACCAGACAAAUAUCAGCAAUGCCUACGUCAGCGGCCUCAAGGAAGACUUUAGCCUCAACGGCAACCAGCUGAAUUACUUCAAUGUGUGUUACUAUACUGCAUACGUCGUGUUCCAAGUACCUGGUCUGCUCUUACUAUCUCGACCAAAGCUUGCUCGCUGGUUGCUCCCCACCCUCGAAGUCCUCUGGGGUAUCUGUACCUUUGCGCAGAGCCGAGUAACAAAUGCAAACCAACUCUAUGCACUCCGCUUCCUGGUCGGUAUGCUCGAAGCCCCCGUCUUUGCCGGGACGCAUUUCAUCCUUGGAUCAUGGUACUCCGGCCCCGAACUCUUCAAACGCGCCGGCAUGUGGUUUAUCUGCAACCCGUUGGGUAGUAUGGUCAGCGGCUACCUCCAGGCAGCCGCAUACACCAACCUCUCCGGCGUCGGCGGCAUGCCCGGCUGGCGCUGGCUUUUCAUUAUUGACGGUAUAUUCACCAUCCCCGUUGCACUCAUUGGCUAUUUCGUGUUUCCCGGUAUACCGGAUUCGCCAAAGCCCUUUUAUCUGACCGAUGAGGAUAUUGCGUUGGCCAAGGAGAGGUCGAAGAGAUUCAAGAUUCGAAGGCCCGGGAAAUUGGAUUUGGAUGUUUUUAAGAGGACGGUGAAGAGGUGGCAUAUUUGGAUUUUUGUGUUUUGCUACAUGUACGUUCCCCCUCUUCUUGCUAUUUCAUGGAAGGUUGCUUACGAGAACAGUUGCAUGAUUAUAUCCUCCUAUCCAUUCAGCUACAUGAACCUCUGGCUCAAGGCCGAGGGCACAUACUCGGUGGCCCAAAUCAAUAAACUGCCCACGGUGACAUACGGCGUUCAGAUUGUAGCCUCGUGGCUGGGAACGACACUUGCGGCGGUGUAUCCUUCUUGGGUGAUAUUCGGUAUUGCUAGCGUUUGCUGUUUGUUUUCGACUCUGUGCAUGAUUAUAUGGAAUAUUCCUACUGGAUUGAAAUUUUUCGCGUGGUAUCUCUUCGGCCUAACCGGCUGUCUAAGUCCAAUUCUUUAUUCAACCGUGAACAGUAUCGUCAAGAAUGACUCCGAGGAACGCGCCCUGAUAUUGGGCUCUAUGAUGACAAUCGGCUAUUCAUUCCAGAUCUGGGUGCCGCUCUUGAUCUUCCCCACGGCCGGUCCUUACGGUGCUCCGCGAUGGAAGAAGGGAUGGCCUGUGACGUUUACGUUCUUGUCGUUGUUGUUGAUUGGGUUUAUUACUUCGCUUGUUCUGCAUCGAAGGGAGACUAAAAAGACGGCGAUUGACGCGUCUUCGGACGUCGGAAGUAACGACGAAGAAGAUACAGGAGAGAUCGUCGUUAGCGAACAGUAUGACAAGCGAUGA